CGUGCCGCUAGCCCCUUAGCUCCCCGCUAGCGUGUUCUGGUCGCGGAUCUUCGUUCCCGGAACUCCCGGAUCCCCCGGCGUCGACCAGCGCCCCGAACCCGCGCAGAACCCGCGCAGAGCCGCCGGUCCCGGGACGAGCGGCCGGAGCUGCAGCUGCUGGUGUCGGUGUGGAGCAGUUAGAGCCGGUUGGAGCCGGUUAGAGCCGGUUGGAGCUCCGCUAGCCCCGUUAGCAGUUAGCUCCGUUAGCUCCGUUAGCAGCUAGUGCUAGUUCUGGUUAAGUUCUAGUUUCUAGUACCAGUGAUGGAGGACAAGUCCUUCACCAAGGAGCUGGACCAGUGGGUCGAGCAGCUGCACGACUGCAGGCAGCUGGCCGAGACCCAAGUUAGGACGCUCUGCGAGAAGGCCAAGGAGAUCCUGACCAAGGAGUCCAAUGUCCAGGAGGUGCGGUGUCCGGUGACGGUGUGCGGGGACGUGCACGGCCAGUUCCACGACCUGAUGGAGCUUUUUAAGAUCGGAGGAAAAAGCCCGGACACCAACUACCUGUUCAUGGGAGACUACGUGGACCGGGGCUACUACUCCGUGGAGACGGUCACGCUGCUGGUCACGCUCAAGGUCCGGUUCCCGGAGCGGAUCACCAUCCUGAGGGGGAACCACGAGUCCCGUCAGAUCACGCAGGUGUACGGUUUCUACGACGAGUGUCUGAGGAAGUACGGCAACGCCAACGUGUGGAAGUUCUUCACCGACCUGUUUGACUACCUGCCCCUGACGGCCCUGGUGGACGGACAGAUCUUCUGUCUCCACGGAGGUCUCUCUCCCUCCAUAGACACUCUGGAUCACAUACGAGCUCUGGACCGCCUGCAGGAAGUUCCUCACGAGGGUCCCAUGUGCGACCUGCUCUGGUCCGACCCGGACGACCGCGGUGGGUGGGGCAUCUCCCCCCGCGGAGCCGGCUACACCUUCGGACAAGACAUCUCUGAAACCUUCAACCACGCUAACGGCCUCACGCUGGUGUCCCGCGCCCACCAGCUGGUGAUGGAGGGCUACAACUGGGGCCACGACAAGAACGUGGUGACGAUCUUCAGCGCUCCCAACUACUGUUACCGCUGUGGAAACCAGGCGGCAAUCAUGGAGCUGGACGACACCCUCAAAUACUCUUUCCUCCAGUUUGACCCCGCCCCUCGCCGCGGGGAGCCCCAUGUGACCAGACGCACUCCUGACUACUUCCUGUGAGCUGUCCAUCACCAAGCCCCGCCCCCUCUAGCCCCGCCCCCGAUGGAAACAUGGAAGUGCUGAAGCCCCGCCCCCUCACAAGCCCCGCCCCCUCCCGGUCCUGCUGUCUGUCUUUGACGACACGUUAACUCUGUUCUAACUGUUUCUUUAUUUCUUUCUGUUGGAGAUAAUAAAAGUACCACGUGGACCAAA